GCGCACAGCCGCAAGUACAGAAGCAGUAGUCGUGUAUACGGUAGGCAUCUGUACCACGGUAACCGGCCAACCAACAGCUCGCCAUGGAUGUUCAUAAUUCCUGUUGAAGUGUGCAUGUAUGUGUGCAUGUGCUCGUAGGAAAAUCGUCGAUCGUGAUCGAAGCGCAGUUUCAUUUUUCGGUUGCCCAGCGGAAGACAUUACCCGCCAAAUUGUGGUGCUGAUAACAGUUUUUUUUGCUCAAAAACAGUUUCUUUAUGCACUAUUUUUCUUAAGGAAGUGGAAACGUAGAAAAACUUGAAAUGUGCGCAUGUGCUUCAGAGAAAUCGGAUGUGGUAUAAGUGCCGCUGCAUGGUCAGUCGACGGAAACUGCUGGCCUGACCAGCCCAAGUAGACUUGACCGGACUAGCCGAAUAAUUGCAGUGUUGGUAGCUGCAGCCAGCAUUUGAAUUUUCUGGACUACACUCGUAUUACAUGCACUGAUAGAAAAAUGGAUUCUGUAUCGCAUUCAAGCAACAGCAAUUGUUCCACUGGCUCUUAUACAGACUCGGAGAAUGUAAUGGAUCAUUCAUCUGACGACGGGAUCCGUUUAAUGCCUUCCAUUUCCACAUUAAAACGCAAAUUACCCGAUGAUCAAUCGGCAGUAAUGUUUGGGAGUUUUACGGUUAAUUCAGAGAGCUCCACACCGUAUUCGGAUGCGACCAAAUGCAAGAAAAUCGUAAAGCAUGUGAAAAGGCCGAUGAAUGCGUUUAUGGUGUGGUCGCAAAUCGAGCGACGUAAAAUCACCGAACAGCGUCCCGAGAUGCACAACGCGGAGAUCAGUAAGAAUUUGGGGGCCAGAUGGAAAACAUUGGCGGAUGCGGACAAGCAGCCGUACAUCGAGGAAGCUGAGCGAUUGCGGGUACUUCACACUCAGGAGUACCCUGAUUACAAAUAUCGUCCUAAAAAGAAAACCAAACGGGAUAGUGUGGAAAAGAGUGUAAAAUGCGAGCCGGAGAAGCCGCAGCAUCGCCCACAGCAGCGGUUAAACAAGAAGCCGGAGCCUACACCAGUAGUCACCGCGGCCCAGGCAGUCAAAAGUUCCGAUCCUUCCCGAUUCAAAUUUAAAUUCAGUCUGGCUGAUAAAGAUCGUUCCUUGAUUGAACAUCUGGCCACUAAGGGCUUCGCCGCCACCGCCGCUGCCGCAGUAUCCGCCCUGCAUCUGAACAAUUCCAGUGUUGCGCUAAACGGUCAAGCCCAUUUAGCAUUAACCAACACCGCUCUGCCUAAUAUCCAGCUGAUAACUCGUGGAGAGGGCUACUAUGCUGCCGACCAUAGUCCCCGCAGUAUACACAGUCCGGUGGCCCAGGUCCCGGCAAGUCCCGGCUUUUCUAGCGCAUCCAGCACCAAAUCUGAGCCAUUAUCGUUAAGCGGAUCGGAAUCUCAUAGCCCUUUGCCGGCAGCACAGACACUGGCAGGAAUACAUCAUGGUAAUGUGUUGGAUAUGGAGAAAUUACUGUACAGUGUGCAGAUGCAGCGCAACAGUGGCGCAGUGGAUCAUUUUCGCCAGCAGCAGCAGCACUGGCAGCAGCUACGCAUGGCUGAAGUUGAGGAGUAUGUGGAGAAUUUUCAGGUCCCUGAGGAGUAUGCUGACGGGGGGAUCAAUGCCGAUUUAGAUUAUGAUAAAAUCCUCGAUUUACUGCAGUCGACCAAUGCUCCCACUGGCAAUCAGUUUGGCGGCGGCGGCGGCUGGGAUAGUGGUGUGCCCAGUGAGCAGCUUAUCAACUGUGCGGAUGUGUACAUGCAGGGAUUGCCGGUGGAUUUUAGCGGUGCCGUUAAUGGGGAUAUGAUCAACCCAGUGAUCUGUGCCGGGAACAAUAGCACCCCUGCCGUGUCCAGCGCAUCCACCGUGUCCUCGGCUAAUGGAUCAGUUUUCGAGUUUCCCGAUUACGAUAGUCCAGAGGGCUCGGCACUGCUGGAGAGUGAGUGGCUGCAGCAGCAGAAUUCAGCGGUCUUAUCGGCUCACUGAUAAGACGGGAUCUUUUGGGAGGAGAGCUUUUCCAAUCCCAUGGGUUGUGCACACUUGGAUUUUAGGAUGUUUAUGUUCACGUUCGGCCGUUGCUCAGCCGUGAUUCUCCUUUAUUGUGUUCUUAAUCCGCUGUUGGACCAACAAAAUCUUCCAUGGCUUGUACAGAUGAAUUUUUCGGAAUUCUUUAUUAUUAUCCCAAAGUAUUUUUCGUCGCGCGACUGCUUUUCUCGUUUUCAGUUGAUUUUCAUCUGUUUCUUUGUGCUGUGGGAUAAUGCGUAUUGUCGAGUCGGUCUACUGGCAUUUUCGUCAAUUGGAAAUCUUUUGGAACGAGAUAUUCGACCUUGCCUUCGAGUGUUGCGUGAUUAUUGUUAUAUUAUCCAUUUGUGUAACGUCGGUAUCGUCGUUUCCAGUCGGUUAUUUUUCGGGCGCAGCUGCAGAUGAACAGCAAACCAAUUCAUAUGCUCAAGAUGCAGAAAAUACUAGGUUUGUUUUUCUAUUUGUUUGUUGACUGAUUUUGUUGUCUAUGUUUCGGCAUGUUAUAACCAUCAAAAUUUGACGGAAGAACGGAUGGCGAAAGUGAAGUUGAGCAGGUGUGGGCAGGAUAAUUUAUGCCCAGUUAUAACCGGCACCCCGUGAAUUUUGGCGCCUUUGAGCAUAUCUCGAAAGAUGCCACUGGGUGACUGUUUAAAAUGCGAGAUUGUGUAAUCGGCACAGUGAAAAUUUGGCGGUUUGAAAUUUGAAUGUUUUCAGUGUAUUUACUUUUGUUUCGAAGGAAAUGUGUUUAAUUGCAGUUCUUUCCCCUGCCUUCCUUAAUUGAUUGGGUUGAAGGAAAACAGUUCUUUCGUUCAAGAAUUUUUUCUUCUACGAAAUGUUUGUUGUACAGAGUUCAUUAAAGUUGGAAACGUUU